UAAGGUUCCCAACUCAUUAUUCCCAAUUUGGGGAGGGGACAAUGUUUCUUAUUUUGCUCUUACUCAUGAUUUUCCCUUCAGCCAAAUGCGAAUACCGAUAUUCUACUUGCAAUAAUGCUUCAAAUUACACAGAGGGGAGUACAUACUCCACAAACUUGAACCUGGUAAUCAAUGAUCUGUCUCUUAAUGCACCUCAAAAUUCAGGGUUUAACACAUCUUCCCAUGGCCAAUCUCCUAAUAAAGUCUAUGGCCUGCUCCAGUGUGUGGGUGAUGUAUCAGCAGCGAAAUGCUCAGAGUGUUCAAGUGAAGCAAGUAACAUGCUUCGAGACCUUUGCGACAAAGCCAUAGGUGGGGAAGUAUGGAUGUAUGAUUGCUUCUUGCACUAUCAUAACUCCAAUUUCUUUCAAAAAAUGGAUACCAUCUUCUAUGUUCUCAGGAACGAUCGGGAUGUCAAAGGCAAUGUGAAGGGUUUUGUGUCCACAACCUCUACUCUUCUCUCCAAUUUGUCUGCUCAAGCUCUUGACCCUGCAAAUAAUGGGUACGCUGUGGGAUCUGCCAAAUACUCAAAUUCGCAUGAGGUGUAUGGUCUAGUUCUGUGCUUGAAAGUCUUAUCAAUGGAGGAUUGUAAAUCAUGUUUGUCUAGAGCAUGGCAAAGCAUGGAACAGUGCUGUUCUUCAAAACAAGGACUUCAGGCCAUGUCAGGAAGCUGCACAGCCAGAUACGAGAUAUAUCAAUUUUUUGAUUCAUCACCAUCAACACCAAGUCCUCCGCCGGUAGCCCAUGGUAGUACUAAGGCAACUUCCGAGGCAAAAUCAAACAAGUCAUCACGAAGAUUGCCGAUGAUAUUAGGGAUUACUAUAGGCUUGAUGCUAAUCUGCGUUGCCUGUUUCCUUACAAUGCUCAGAAAAGUUAAAUCUACAGUGCCCAGGAAUCCAGCAACGCUUGAGAAGAAAAAUGAAGAAAGGAGGCUAUUUACAAAAGAGCAAAUUGCUUUCAGCUUAGAAAUUUUGAUCGAAGCAACAGAAGAUUUUAGUGAUAACAACAAGCUUGGAGAAGGAGGCUUUGGCCCAGUUUAUAAGGGAAUGACCACAGACGGCAAGGAGAUAGCAGUGAAAAAGCUGUCUGCAAGAUCUGCACAGGGAAGAAAAGAAUUUAUGAAUGAAGUGGAACUGGUGGCAAAUAUUCAACACAGAAAUCUUGUGAAUUUGCUUGGAUGCUGUAGUGAGGAAACCGAAAGGAUGCUUGUCUAUGAGUACAUGCCCAACAAAAGCCUUGACACCUUCCUCUUCGACCCAUUUAAGCGCAGAACGCUCGAUUGGCAAAAGCGGUUCAAUAUCAUUAUUGGAAUCACUCGCGGCCUUCUCUACCUUCACGAGGAUUCGCAGCUCCGAAUAAUUCACAGAGACAUCAAAUCCGGCAACAUUUUGCUUGAUGACAAUCUGAAUCCUAAGAUAGCAGACUUUGGCUUAGCCAGACUUUUUUCUGACAAUGAAACCGAAAUCCAAUCAAGAGUUGCAGGAACCUAUGGCUACAUGGCUCCAGAAUAUGCAAUGGGUGGGCAGUUGUCUGUGAAAGCCGACGUUUAUAGUUUCGGAGUUUUACUGCUAGAGAUUGUAAGCGGAAGAAAAAACACAGACAUAGAUAUUUCAAAAGAAAAUCAGAGCCUGGGACUACUAGAAUGGGCAUGGAGACUAUUCAAAGGAGGGCAUGCUCUCAAAAUUGUGGAUACUAUGUUGGUGGGAAAUUCCCCAGAAGAGCAAGUGAUAAGAUGCAUUCACAUUGGACUUCUGUGUACACAGGCUAAUCCCGACAGCCGUCCAAUGAUAUCUAGUGUUUUUACAAUGAUAUCCAGCAAUUCUGUACCGUUACCAAAUCCAACUAGGCCUGCGUUUGUAAGCAUGACCAGUCAGAGCCCAAGUACUUUCAGGGCUUUACAGUCCUGCAAUAUAAAUUUUAUUAUUUUGAAACAGCUAAAACUGACGGCUCAAAUGCUAAGCCGGACUUUUUUGUGGAGAAAUAAUCAAUUAGGUGUUAUGUACAACAGGAGGAAGAUGGGCUUGAUGACUAGGGAUUAAAUGUAAUUGCUUAAGGAAUACACCCAGCUUGGCAAACGAUAAGCCCAAUACUCUGACCUUUGUGUACUCGAAAAAUGGGUAUAUGUGAUCGAGAUCUUUUUCAGAUGAGCUAAUUCACAAAGAUGAUGUUUUUAUUAUGAACACUGAACAUCAAGUAAAUAUAAAAGAAUGGGCUCCAACAACAUGAGAUCUCAUUCCCUUUUAAACA